AUGUCAGAUUCUAACCUCAGUGAUAACCAUCUUCCAGACACCUUCUUAACAGGGAUCCCAGGGCUGGAGGCUGCCCAAUUCUGGACAGCCAUCCCUUUCUGUGCUAUGUAUCUUGUAGCACUGGCCGGAAAUGCUGGCCUCAUCCUGGUCAUUGCCUUGGACAAUGCUCUUCAUGCACCUAUGUACCUCUUCCUCUGCCUUCUCUCACUCACAGACCUGGCUCUCAGUUCUACCACUGUGCCCAAGAUGCUGGCCAUUUUGUGGCUUCAUGCUGGUGAGAUUUCCUUUGGUGGAUGUCUGGCCCAGAUGUUUUGUGUCCAUUCUAUCUACGCUCUGGAGUCCUCGAUUUUACUUGGUAUGGCCUUUGAUAGAUAUGUGGCUAUCUGUAACCAAUUAAGAUAUACAACCAUUCUCAACCAUGCUGUCAUAGGCAGAAUUGGCUUUGUUGGGAUAUUCCAUAGUGUGGCUAUUGCUUCCCCCUUCAUCUUCUUGCUGAGGUGACUCCCUUACUGUGUUCACCGUGUCACGAUACACACAUACUGUGAGCAUAUGGGCAUUGCCCGACUGACCUGUGCCAACAUCACCGUCCAUAUUGUCUAUGUGACUGUGGCUCUGCUGGCCAUGGGACUGGAUUCCAUCCUCAUUGCCAUUUCCUAUGGCUUUAUCCUCCAUGCAGUCUUCCAUCGUGACACCCAGCACAAAGCUCUGAGUACCUGUGGCUCCCACAUUGGAGUCAUCCUGGUUUUCUACAUCCCUGCCUUCUUCUCCUUCCUCACCCACCGCUUUGGUCACCACCAAGUACCCAAGCAUGUGCACAUCUUUCUGGCUAAUCUCUAUGUUCUGGUGCUUCCUGUGCUCAAUCCUAUUAUCUAUGGAGCUAGAACCAAGCAUAUUUGGAGCUGACUUCUAAAACUGCUUCACCUGGGGAAGAUGUCAGUAUGA